GCACACUCGCAUACCAGGAAACCGAAACGCAUCAAGGCUAGGCGCCGCUGACCAUGGACAGGAUCUUGGCUUUCUCUAUCCCCAGCUCCUCGCCCGCGGACAUCGCGGGUGCCAGCUACGCCACGCCCACGCGCCAUUCAUGGAGGUGCCGCAGCGGGGAGCAGCCGGAGAAAGCGACGGACCAGCAGCGGCAGGAGGAGAAUGUCGACCAGGGCUCUCGGCCGGAGAAGAAGCGGGAGGUGCGGUUCGCCCCGGAGUUCGACGGCAUCAACUGCUUUGAGUCUAUCAUCUCCAUCUGAGCGGCUGAUCUGCUGCUGUCUCGGGAUAGUUAGCGAGCUUCAAGUCUAUUUUUGCUGGUUUCUUAAUUAGUAUGUUCAGAGGAGGUGAAUGAAUUACUGAUCAUACGCUUCAUGCUCAUCUUUUAUAUAUGCUGCUAACUCG